AAAAAACAAACUAUAUUCAAACAAUCUUAACACAGUAUUCCUAAAGAUUCAAAAAUAAUAUGGGUCGUGUUAGAACUAAAACUGUUAAACGUGCUUCACGAGUAAUUAUUGAAAAAUAUUAUCCUCGGCUAACUCGUGAUUUUCAUACAAAUAAGAAAGUUUGUGAUGAAGUAGCUAUUAUCGCUUCAAAAAAAUUAAGAAAUAAAAUUGCGGGAUAUACAACACAUUUGAUGAAAAGAAUACAAAAAGGGCCAGUCUGUGGGAUUAGUUUCAAACUUCAAGAAGAGGAAAGAGAAAGAAAAGAUCAAUAUGUUCCAGAGAUAUCUGCUCUUAGUACGAAUGUUACAGCACUUGAAGUAGAUAUUGACACUAAGAAUAUGUUAAAGGCAAUAGGCUAUGAUUCCGUUGCGGUCACUGUAAAUACAUCACUAGCAGGUGCAGUUGAACAACAAACAUUUAGAAACCAAAGGCGUCCUUAA